AUGACAGCAACAUCUUCCUUACUUCCUUCCGGCAUGGAGAUUCCUGCCGAGGAUCUUGAAAUGGCUUCGCCCUAUCAAGGUCAAGCUGAUGAUUUCGAUAUCGAUAUCGACCUGAUGGAGGAUCAAGUAUCCAACAUGGACAGCGACAUGAUGGGAGCGGACGAUUUCCCCAAUACUUCCCAGCCAUCUCUCUUCCAGAACGAUGUGGCAGAUGAUGCCGAUAUGGUGGACGAAGCCUCCGAAGGCUCUAUGGUCGAUGCAGACAAUCUGCCCGAUGAAGACCACGACAUCGAUGUUCAGUAUGACGACGUAACCUAUGAAGCCGAAAUGCUGGAAGGUGACCACAAUGAAACUGCCGAUGUCGAUGUGCCCACCAUCAAUGUUGAGACCACUCAAACUAUUGAGAAUAACGAUCCGAGUCAGAUUGCUCCGGAAACAGCCACCGAGCCCAACACCGAAGGCCAGGAAAUUCAGAGUCUACCCCCAGUGACCCUCCCCGCAGAGACGGAUCAGCAGGAGACUGUCAUUCAAGAACCACAAGUUUUGCAAGAAACAGUUCCUGUUGAAAAAGAUGAAAAAGUUCAGAAUGAACCUGUCCAGGCAGUUGAGAGUGCUGAACCUAUUGCCGACAACGACAACAGCGAAGUCGGUGAACGGACUAAUGAAACUGCAGAGAGUAACAUCCCUGGCCCUGAGGUGCAGCACACUCCCGACCACUCGGUUGAGAAUCUGGAAAAUCCCAAGGCCGCUGCUCCUAAUGCAGACCCUACUGCUGUUGAACACGAGGAGAUUCAUGUUUCUCGCGAAACAGAACAUGAGAAUACCCACGAGGAAGAGUCUCUUCACACUGUCAAGGUUAUCUAUCAGGAUAACGAGAUCUCCUUGUUCCCACCCCUAGAAGGUGACUCGGCCGAAACAUUCUUCCUUCAUGAUGAAGAUGUGGCCUAUGACAACGUCAGUAGAUUGUUCAGCUCCCUGCGUGACGUACUUCUGGAUAAUAUCGCCGAACACGACACUCUUGUUAUUGAUAUUGAUUCCCUUGGUAUUCAAUUAACAGAGGACUCUUCGGAUACAUCCAGAAUCACUUUACACCAGAUCCUAGAUAUUUAUCUUCGUCUCUGCCAUAAUGAUGGGAUCUAUGACCCAGACGCUCUCUAUCUGAGCCUUUCUAGCAAACCAGCUGUUCAUCAUGAACUGGCUAGUCUUGAUUCCGCCGCCAAGGAAGGCAAAGGUCUAUCUCAGAUUCACCUGUGGGCUGAUUAUGAUGAAGAAGACCCCGUCGUAGAAGACGCUCAUGGCACUCAUGAACAGUCUGACGAUGGACUGCAACGGGAUUCUCAGGGUAAUCAGCCCGGCGACGGGGCCGUCGCCUCCCAAAAAACAGAUUUGUCUGAUGAGGGAACGCAUGAGUCUGAUGAAAGCAAUGAUAUGGAAAACGUAGCAGACGAAGCUCAUCAAGGGCUCGAUUCCAGUGACGCUGGUAUCAAAACAAAUACCGAAUCUCGCUCCACGGAGGCUCAACACGAGCAAGAGACAAACCAGAGGAACGAUGAACACCAGGACAAACUUCACGGUAACGAAAGUCACACUGAAGAACCCGAUCUUGGCGAGAGACCAACAACGGAGUCAGCUGGCUCAGCGGUCCUUUCCGAACCAGCUGUGGCAAUUGAUCAGCCUGAGGAUGCAUCCGUAGAGGCCACUCACGACGGUCAUGAAGCUUUGGAGCAUCAUGAAGCCAAUGAAAACAACCAACGCCCUGGUAAUGAAGACCUUGAUGAUGACGAGUUCUCUGGCGCCGAUGACCUUGAAGUCGCUGAUCUUGCUGUUCCCGCUGAGCAAGUCGAUGAACAAGGGCAUGAGGAUGGUACUCACAGCGUUGAUUCGACAUUCCAACAUGAUGGUGAGCCCACGAGUGGCCUGGAAGCUGUUAAUCAUUAUGAUCACGUCUCCGAAGAAGCUCCGGAGUAUAAUACGGACCCCAAUGCCUAUGAGGAGUCGGAGUCCACAUUAGAGAACCUGCCCCGGGAAGAUGCCGAACGAACCCCAGAGCCCGAGGAUCACCUCCUUGAGAUUGCUGAAGACGUACUGCAAACUCCUGCCAAGGAGAAAAAGGACGACGGCAAUGCUCAUAGUGUGGAUAGCGUGGACCAAGAGUACCUUGACGAUUUUGCCGCGACUUCUUUUGCACAUGGUGAUGAUGAUGAGGACUACAACUAUGACUACGAAUUUGUUCCGGAGGAGGAAACUGAGUUGGGUGGAAGAGAUCCCUCUACUGACUUCCAUGCUCCCGACAAUCUCUCCGUGAAACGGUCCCGUGAUGAGGAUGAUGAGUGGGAUAUCACGGAAGCCACUACACCCGAACUCAAACGUCGACGACCUUCGUAA